AGUGAUAUUUCUCUAUUACUUGCUAAGAACUUACGUCCAGCAUACAUUCAACUAGCGGGACCAUCGACACCAUUCGUAAAAUAUUUAGACCAUGAAGAAGAAACUUUUUCUAACACAGAUCAGGGAGAUUAUGUUCAUAUAACACCAUCGAUGUGGUUUGGAAUAAACGAAUGGUUUAAUUUGGCAAGUCUAACUCCAGUUUUUGCCAUUGACGACAGAGAACGGGAAAAAGGCGUAUGGAGUCCUGAAGCUAUUUUGCCACUUUUGGAAAUGUCGGAUAAAUUUGGUGUGAAGUGCUACUGGCAGUUGGGAUAUGGUUCUUGUAAUAAAACUGCAGUUCAAUACGUCGAAGAUCUGAACAUUCUCAGGCAAACUAUAAACGAUUUUCCGGAGCAGACUGAAUCAUGGAAAAUUGCCGGCAGUGAUUUUAGCAGUUGUGAUUCAAAUAAUAUAGAGAGCCAUUCUUUUGACGGUUAUAUACGCGAUUUAGAUGAGAACUUAAAUGCUAUUAUGUGGAAAGGACAAACAAUUUCAAAAGGUGAGUUAGGCUUAACUAAAGCAUCCUUAUGGACAAGCAUCCCUAAAGAAUAUUCGCCGGUUACAUUCUCCACAGUACUGCAAUAUGCCAUUAAAGUUGGAGAAGCAGCGAUGUUGGAAUAUGAUGUGAUUUUUAGAGAACCUCGACUACUUGAGCUCACUCACGUAACCCCUGUUUACUGGUUUUCGUAUUUUUACAAAAAACUCAUGGGCCUUAAUGUGCUUGAAAUCAAAUCAACAAAUCAGAAUUCGAUUUUGCACACAUUCACUCAUUGCACUAAACGGCAAAACAAUUUAAUACAGAACGGUGCUAUCACAGUAAUGGCGGUGAAUAACGGAUCCGAAACGAAUACAGCAAAUAUUAGAUUAGGAAAUUUUUUGUUGGAAAAAUCUAUGGAAAUACAAUCGUAUUUUUUGACUGCAUCUAAUAUAACCAACAGUGAUGUGUUUUUGAACGAUAUAAAAUUGACAAUGUCUAUGCUACAAAAACCUGAAACGUUACUUACACCAGAGCUCCGCAGGACCAAAAUUAGACCUCAUAUUGUGCUACAGGUCCCUCCACAGACUAUAGCGUUUUUUGUUUUGACUGGUGCUACAUAUUCGUUGUGUAUGGACAAUGAAGAGGAUCUUACAGAUAUAUUGAAGGAUAUUAAUGAAGAUUCCAAAGCAACAUUGUCACAUGAACAUCCGACCAAUAUCGAAAACAGGCGACCAAUCGAUAUGAAAAGCAGAAACAACAUUUUUAAUACAGAAAAAUUAACUUUGCAAAGCAUAAAAGGAAAUAUAUUGAAAGAAAUGGAACAGGACAAAUUUUACUACAACAAAAUUUUAGGAAAACCUCACCCUAAUACCAAAAUGUUGUCAAAAACUAAUACCAACGAAGACAAUAAACGAGAAAUACUUCACAAACAUCUUAGAGCUUUUAUUGAAAAAUCUAAGCCAGACAUAAGUAACAAAAGCCAAUUUCCUAACAAUCGACCCUCAGUUAAUAAUCUGCACCUCACAAUUAAGGAAAUUGAAGAUAUUCUUAAAAGAAGAGCUAGAGAAAAAGCUGCUGCUAAAAAUAUAAAGCUGACAAGCUCGGAAUUAGAUCUGCUAGUAGACAAGGCUACUUUGAAAAUACCCAAGCACUUUGUGUUCAAAAGAGCCAUAAAUAAAAUACUUUUAGAAGAGAAGGCAAAUUUCCACAAAAGUAAUUCGUUUACUCAAGAAAUGUACGAAGAAAUUGCCAAAGAAAUGAAAAUUUAUCCUAAACAUAAAAAAUACCGAAGAUCACAAAACAAUCGUUUAUCAAAAAGAAGCAUCAACACACAAUUAUUAAACUUAAAAGCUCUCGCAGAGGAAAAUAAAAAAUUCUCAAAGAAAUAUAAUGGCAAAAUAAAUAAAAGUUAUUUGAAAACCAAACGAGAUAUAAAUUUGGAUUUACUUAAAAAACGUACACAAUCUCAGUUUGAUAAAAGCAAAGUAAUUGUACAGCCAAAUUUCAAUCGUCCAAAAUCUCACAUUUGGACCGCAGGACACGAAAAUGAACCUACAAGCUUAGAUGAUGAAUCCAGCCAUGACCUUUUUGAUGAUAUUAUGCGAUUCGAAGAAAAAACCUUCAAAGACAUUGAAGAAGGUAGAAACCCAUUAGCUGAACUUGAUGCCUAUGAUAAACUAUUCAAAAAAUCCAACAAUCGACAUUCAAGUUUAUUUGAAAACCGUUUUUAUAACCCGUUUCAUUUAGACCAAUCAAAUACGCAGCCUAAAACAGGAAGCAACCUAGAAAAGUUCAAUCCUAUGAAAUAUUUACAGAGUUUGCAGUCACGGUCUGAAGAAUUCGGUCAAUUUGUUCAUCAUAAUCAAAAACAAACUCCUAAAUUUGAUGAUAAAUUAGGACAUUUAUUUGCAAAAUCCAAAUAUGGCCAGAAUGAUAAGGAUUUGAGGGAGUGGUCUGCACUGAAAUCUGUUCUUAAUGGAAGAAACGAGCAGCCGGAGUCGCUUUAUGGCGGUUUUGAUGAUUUUAACUUCUCCGGAGAUUUGGAUUAUGGUUUCUAUCGGAAAAAAAGGAAUAUAAAAACCAUUAGUGAAGCAAAAAUGAGAUCAUUGAAAGUAAAUAUCAAGAAUGAAAUCAGAAAGUUGAAGAUGCAACUUAAAGAUGAAAAGUUGAAAUAUUUAAAACAAAAGGUUUCUAAAGGUAUUCAUCAGAAACAUUCUAAAACCAAUGUUCAGAAAAUCCCAAAAUAUGAUCUGAUAGAUUUAGUUGCAAAUCCUGAUACGAAAAAUUUAACCCUAGAACAAAUCUUGGCAAAAGCUGACAGUAGAGAGAACAUAAUAGAACAUGGAAUUCAAAAAAGAUCAAUAAUGAAAAACGAAUUCGAUAAUAUUUUUGGACAAUACACGCCAUUGACUUCUGGCUUGAAGUCUUGGAAACCGGCGGACAUAUUGAAUUUAAAUAAAAACUACUUCACGACUUUGCCAAUUUAUAGUUGGGUUCAAGACCAAAAUCUUCGUCUGAAAUACGAGAUUAAUAAAAAUAAACUUCUCAGUCAACUUGGAUUAAGAAAAAAACGUCACAUCGAUAUUGACGAUAAUAAUAAAUUUGAUUUUGAACAAAAUGAAAUUGUGGAUAAAGAACUUUUAAAAGAGGAUAGAGAAAAUGAUGAUAAAGACCAAUGGGUAAAAGGUAAGCAUAUCGUAAAUGUUGCUCAAGUCAAAACGAAACCAAAUUCAGAACCAACUACCUAUAGUGAGAACGAUCAUAUUCAAUUAAUUCCAAAUAUACCGACUCCUGAGAAGCUGACAUAUUUGGAAAAAAUCAUGGGAAGGCAAAAUGCUAGGCCAGUCGAAAAUUUUUUCAGUGACAUUAAAGAUAAAUUUAACACUAUGAAUAAAAAGGUUAAAGGUUUUUUUGGAAAUUUGUUUCAGGGCUAAUUUGUUGUAAUUAGUUAAAAUAAAUGUUAA